AUGCCUGACCCUAUGUGGCAACAGCUAUCGGAAGAAGAUAGUGCUAGCAUCCAAGGGAAUGAUGGCCAAGAUGGGGAGGAGCUGAUGGAGAGCUCAGAGGAGGAGUGGCAGGUCUUCUGGCAGAUGCACAGUGGUGAGAGCUCCAGUAGCUCGGGGUACGAGUGGAUAGCCAUCUGGCAGAUUCAGGGAGAUAACUCCAGCAGCCAGGAGGGAGAGGAGCUGGCAGAGGAGGAGAGCUCUGGCCAGGAGGAAGAGGCACUCCAGGAGAAGAUACUUGCUGUGGUGAAGUUUCUCCUUCUUAAGUACCGCUCAAAGGAGAUUGCCACCAAGAAAGAGAUAAUACGCAAUUUCCUCCGUCAUUACCCUGCACUCUUCCCUAUCAUCUUCAACCAUUCCUGUGAAUACCUGCAGUUGGUCUUUGGCAUUGAUGUGCAGGAAGUGGUGCCCCAUAGGAGCUUUCAGAUGGUUCCUUGCCUGGGUCUCACUUAUGAUGGCUUGGAGGAUCCCGAGCAGAUCAUGCCCAAGACGGGCCUUCUGGUGAUUGUCUUGGGGAUCAUCUUCCUGGCAGGCAAUUGUAUCAAGGAGGAGGAUCUCUGGAAUGUGCUGUCUUUGAUGGGGGUGUAUCCUGACAUAGAGCAUCACAUUUUUGGGCAUCCCCGGGAGCUCCUCACCAAUGUGUGGGUGCAGGAGCAGUAUGUGGAGUACCGGUACAUUCCGGGAAAUUAUCCUGGCCGCCAUCAGUUCCUCUGGGGCCCCAGGGCAUAUGGUGAAACCAGCAAGCAGGAGGUCCUGAAGUUUUUACUCAAGAUGAGUGAGAGCGACCCCGAGGCUUCUGAUGAGUCUUCUGAGAGUGAUGGGGAGGAGGGUGCUUGA